AGCCACACACUUGGCUCACUCAUAUGACCUUUUUGCUGUCUUUGACGUCUUGAGUGUCGUCGGCAUUAUUUUCACUUCACACCAACUUUGCCACUCGUACAAAGCCUAGCUUUCGUUGUACCCGACAACGACAUCAGGAAAUCCUUCGAAGUUGACUCUACAUGCUCAACGUUCACGUUUGUUAUACAUUCUGUCCACCCUAUUGACAGCCCUAUUCUCAAAGUCCCUCUCCACGAAACCUUUUAUCUUUCCUGGUUCACGUGGGAAUUACCGGUGAAACUGUUGCUACCUGCAUUUGUAUCGCUACUGUCCUGCCGUCAAAUCUUUGGUAUUGAACGUUGAGAACAAAUCAAUAUGGCUACAGACUCUCAAAGAAGACAGAACAGUGUCGCCAGCGCUGACGACUCGUGUGCGUCCAGCGCAUGCACUGCAUCAACCUCUUUGACGCCUUCUUCACCAGCACAUAUUAUACCGGCCAGCAAUGGUGCAACGAAGAAGAAACGCAAUAACAAGAGCAGAAACAAAAAGAAAAAGGCCAUAGACUCGUCGCAAACGGCAGUCCUUAGCACACCUAUAUCAACUCCUCGUCUAUUCGAGAUCAAGAAAACCCCAAACCGUGGACUUGGCGUCUUUGCAACUCAGGACCUUCCAAGAGGAACUCGAAUCAUGACUGAUACCCCGAUAAUACGCAUCGAAGGUUCAGAGUGUGGCGAAGACGAGGUCAUGGAUGCUUAUGAUAAGCUUGAUGCUUUCGACCAAGCUCAGCUCUUGACUCUUGAGAAGCAUUUUCGCGCCGAGCAUCAUGAUAUCAUGCACCUGAUUCGUAAAGUGACCAUAUCGAAUUUUGAAGAAGCCAAGGCCAGGCUCGAAUCUCUUUUAUACGAUGACAGUGUUCAAAUCCGUGAGAUCACUGAUCCCGAGACCGAGACCGAGACCGAGACCAACAGCCGUCGAUUGGCAGACAUGGGUAUUGACGAGAUCGCUGAUGCCGAAGCCGAUACCUUCGUUGCGCCUGGAAUAGACCCUACUGUUACUACUACAACCUCGCACACCGACUUCCAGAUUCCUCAAGGUGUUCAAGUCAUCAAUCUAGAGGACUCUGACGCCGAAACUAUCAAGGACGACACAACUGUCUCUGACAUCGAUUCCGACUCUUCGGCUGAGAUUGCACGGGAAAUACGUCACAAAUAUCGAAGUCCUUACCCACGCGAUAUUCCAAUAUUGACGUUUCCUGCCGCCAACGCAAGAUGCCCCAGGGAGGCCGACAUCCUCCGCAUGACAUCCGCCCAGCGCUCUACCGCCCUCGCCAAUGUAAAGAAGGAACUUGCCAUUCUUGAAGCCCAAGACGAGCGUCGUGAUAUUUGUGCAAUUGUUCUAAUGAACCACUUCGUCUUACGCGACCAAAGCGUAAGCGUUGACGACCCCAAGCCGUUCAUCGCAGUAUGUCUCAGCGCAGCCCGGCUGAACAACGACUGUACGCCCAACGCCAACAACCUGUACAAUAGUAGCCUCGGCGCGAUGACAGUGCAUGCAGUCCGCAACAUCAAGGCAGGCGAGGAGAUCACCAUCGCGUACACCAACAGUCUUUACGGGGCCAAGGAACGCAACAUACGCUGCUUCCAGCGAACGGACAUGCAUUGCGAUUGCAAGGCUUGCGAGAAGACUGACGACGGCCUUAGGUUGGAUGAGCGCCGCAAGAUCAUGAACAACAAUACUAUCUACCUGCAGUACUACCUGCGUGACGACCACCUUGACGGUCGCAACCUCGACGGCCAUGACAUUAUGAAGCGCGGCAACGAGCUCAUUCGUCUCAUGACCGAGGACGGCCUCUGGGGCUCUCAUCUAGCACAAGCCCGCAACUACCAAGCCCGCAUCUGCGCCAAGAUGGGCCUGCGCAAGCUCGCCAUCAUGCACGCCGGCAAAGCCAUCGAAGAAGCGCGCGUCGCCCUAGGUGACGAUAACCCAGAAUUCCAAUACACAAAGGCCGCCAUGGAGAUGAUCAUCGCCGGCGGCGGACGCGAGCCGAUUGCAGCUUCGAAGGCAGUAGGUGGUGAUGACGUUCGUAGUGGUGCUAGCGAUGAAGGAGAUGGCGUGAAGGGCAAGGAGAACGAGAUGGGCGGCGGCAAGAUGACGGCAGCGAAGAAGACGAAGUCAAAGGCCAAGAAUCUGAGCUGGGUCAAGCAUGUGCUUGAGCAGAGGAAGAAGGCGGAAGAGGAAGAACAGGCACUAGCACGAGGCGAGAGUGCGGGACAGGGCGAGCGGGUUCUGUUCGUGAUGACGGAAAUGGGAGAGUAAAGGGAAAAAAAGGCCAUCCAUUUAGGGGGCUUGGGUUGACGGUAUGCAACAAAGGCGUAAUGAGGAUAGACUUACAUAAAAGUCCGGAGGGCUUUCGAGCCGCACUGGGGGGGACUCUAUAUCAGCGUUGGUAGAUACCACGUCAUCUUGAGCGGAACGUCCGCUCGGAUAUUACGUAACGUAGAUAAGCAUA